AUGUCGUCCAGCUGCUGCGGCACAAAGAAACAGAAGCUUAACGGAAACUACUCCUCCGCCAACGGUUACUGUACGUCUACGGGCAAUACGGGACGGACUGGCAACGGUGUCGCCGAGGGCACCCAAAACAAUCACAGCUAUUACGGCCGGGGCUCUGGGAGUAGCGGCAGCCAGCAUCAGCAGCAGCAACAGCAGUCAUCCUCAUCGUCAUCUUCGUCAUCCUCGUCAUCGUCGGCGGCGGCCUACAAUGGGUAUCUGAUGAACGGUCACGGUAACCAUCUGCCGCAGCAACCUUCGAUGAUCGGUUCGAUGCCGGAGAUGUGCUUCUACUGCUUCGAGGUGCUGUACCGCGAGCUGCACAACCUAGAGGAACCACGCACACCGUGCUUUACCAAUGAUCCAUACCCACUGUUUGUGACCUGGAAAAUUGGCAAGGAUAAGCGGCUGCGCGGUUGUAUCGGUACCUUCAGCGCAAUGCGUUUACAUUCAGGUCUUCGCGAGUAUGCAAUAACAAGUGCUUUAAGAGACUCCCGUUUCUCGCCAAUCACCCGUGAUGAGAUCCAAAGACUGACCGUCUCGGUGUCAAUCCUGCAAGGCUUCGAGGAGGCACGCGGUUACCUGGACUGGACGCUCGGCAUACAUGGCAUCCGGAUUGAGUUCUACAACGAGCGUGGUUCCAAACGCACCGCGACUUACUUGCCGCAGGUUGCUACGGAACAAGGCUGGGACCAAACGCAGACGAUCGAUUCGCUGCUCCGGAAGGGUGGCUACCGGGCCCAGAUCACGUCCGACAUGCGCCGCUCGAUCAAACUAACCCGCUACACCUCACAGGAGUGUCAAAUGUCGUACAACGAGUAUCGCGAUCUGCUCGAGAAACAAUCUCACUACCACGGCCAGCUCUGUAAGAUGCAAUGCUAA